GUACCCUAGCAGGAAGCAGCAUAGCUGUCCUCAGGGAGAGCCCUUGAAGAGAUUCCUCUUAGUGUGUGCGCGGAGGGAAGCCAGGAAAAGGACUACAUGAUGAAGUUCUGCUGCGGACUCCUGUUGUUCUGCUCAGCUGGUCUGGUACUGAGCUCUGAACAUGAAACUCGUCUAGUUGAAGAUUUAUUCCAGAGUUAUAAUAAAGUGGUGCGCCCAGUUGAAGAUCAUCAUGAUACAGUUGUAGUCACAGUUGGACUGCAGCUUAUUCAGCUUAUUAAUGUGGAUGAAGUGAAUCAAAUUGUAACAACCAAUGUACGCCUGAAACAGCAAUGGAUAGAUGUCAACUUAAGGUGGAAUCCAGAAGACUACGGUGGUGUGAAAAAAAUUCGUAUCCCAUCCAGUGAUAUCUGGCGCCCAGAUCUUGUUCUUUAUAACAAUGCAGAUGGUGAUUUUGCUAUUGUUAAAGACACCAGAGUUCUUUUAGAACACACAGGCCUGAUCAUAUGGACACCACCAGCUAUUUUUAAAAGUUACUGUGAAAUUAUAGUUACACACUUUCCAUUUGAUGAGCAGAACUGCACUAUGAAGUUGGGCACUUGGACAUAUGAUGGUACAGUGGUUAUUAUCAAUCCGGAGAGUGAUCACCCAGAUCUGAGUAAUUUCAUGGAGAGCGGUGAGUGGGUGAUGAAAUACUACAGAGGCUGGAAGCACUGGGUUUACUAUGACUGUUGUCCUGACACGCCCUAUCUAGAUAUUACCUAUCACUUCAUCAUGCAGCGUUUACCUCUCUACUUCAUUGUGAACGUCAUCAUUCCCUGUCUGCUCUUCUCAUUUUUAACUGGGUUAGUGUUUUAUCUACCCACAGAUUCAGGUGAGAAGAUGACUCUAAGCAUCUCUGUUUUGCUGUCUUUGACUGUGUUUCUUCUGGUCAUUGUGGAGCUGAUUCCUUCUACCUCCAGUGCAGUGCCCUUAAUAGGCAAAUACAUGUUGUUUACCAUGAUAUUUGUAAUAGCUUCAAUCAUCAUUACAGUCAUUGUAAUCAACACCCACCAUCGUUCCCCAAGUACUCAUACUAUGCCACAAUGGGUCAGAAAGAUCUUUAUUGAUACAGUGCCAAAUGUUAUGUUUUUUUCAACAAUGAAACGGCCGUCCAGGGAUAAACAAGAGAAACGGAUUUUUACAGAAGACAUUGAUAUUUCCGAAAUCUCUGGAAAACCAGGUCCUACUGCUGUCAGCUUCCACUCCCCACUCACCAAAAACCCAGAUGUGAAGAGUGCUAUUGAGGGAAUCAAAUACAUUGCGGAAACAAUGAAAUCAGACCAAGAAUCCAAAAAUGCUAUGGAAGAAUGGAAGUUUGUUGCAAUGGUAAUUGAUCAUCUUCUUCUUGGUAUCUUCAUGUUAGUUUGCAUUAUUGGAACAUUAGCUGUAUUUGCUGGUCGUCUUAUUGAAUUAAAUCAGCAAGGUUGAACAUGUUGUAUACCCCUGGUCUGGGGAGCACAGUUUUAUUGACAGCAUUGUCUUUUACUGAAUACAUUCUAUUGUGCCACCCACUGUAUUCAGCCCAGCAGUCUGAAGUUUCCACAGGCAAGAAUUCGUUCUCACUGGGAAUAAAUGGGGAAGAUAAAACUGAAUCUUACACAUUUAGCAUGUCUGGGCCACUUCUUGAAGGCUUCUCUUUCAAAAAUGCACGUUUUUGAGCUGGUAGUUUGACAGCCCUGGGGAACAGUCUGCUACCUGUUUGAAUACAUUUUAAUGCUAAUUAAAAAACCCUAAAAUAUAUAAAUAGAACGUUUACUUUAAAACCCCCUCAAAGCCAAAUUCUGUCCCCAGCUGCAGCCUCCACCAUUAUCUAUCAAUAAAGAUAGGAUUUGUUACUAACAUGCUUUAUCUGGGUUUUAAAUCAAUAUCUAAACUUUUAGGUUGCAAGCUGAUUUCAAAGCUCUGCUGUGUGCGUUCUGUAUUGGCAGUGUCACAAAUUAACCUUCCACUAGCAAGACAUGCCACAGCAGAAGGCUUAGACAUGCCAUUGUUAAGCUUAGUUUUCAAAUACCACUCAGAAAUGACUCGUGAUAAGUGCUUCUGUUCAUGGGAACUCUACUUGGCUCUGUAUGGAGGAGGCAAUUUUACUGUUAGGCAGUUAUGGAGAGAAUCCAGCCCAGUGCAAUGAAUGCACAUGUGCAUUUUUUGCUGCCCCAUUUCCCUGGAGCCAGGGCAGGCACGGCUGCAGGUACCAACUGUAGAGGGAGAAUUUGCACCUUUGGCACAGAGUCCAGUUCUAUGAUUGGCUCAGAGAGCCAGUGUAAAGGGAGCUAGCUGUUAGAAACAGGCUAGAAGGAUGAUCAGGAUUUAAAGCAGUCCAGUAACACUAAGCCUUCUCAUCUGAUUGCAGAAGGCUGUUACCACCACAGUUCAGAACAAUAGCUCAGAAAGGACUGCUUGCAGGUAAACGUAUUGCUUCCAUUCCCCUGACUAGCCUCACAGAGUUCCCUGAACAAAGCCUGAAAUUUUAUCUUGUAUGCAAGGGGAGUUUUACACAGAAAGUCAAACAAUAAUCCUGACUCCCAUCAGGCAUCCCUCAAGUGAAUGAAACUUGUAUGAAGUUGGAUUUCCAUAACUAGAUGUACCAGGUCUUCUUUCCGAGCCCAACAUCACUGAUUCCCUUGCAUGCCUCCCUCAUUUCAGUCUUCCAGUCUCUAUUGAAUGGAUCAUAUAAGUAUAUGAAUUCAGCCUCUACAUAUAAAUUCUAGGUUGAGGGAUUUUUCUUAAA